AUGGAGCUCUCCGAGAACGCGAAGUUAAACCCAUUAAAGAGAAGCUUCGAUAGCUUCGAUUCGUCCCAGCACGAAACUACUGAACCCAUGGAUACAGAAGCUGCAUUCACACCCAGCGACUAUGAUAUGAAGGUGUUUGAAGUGGCAAUGAGAAGGAAUACUAUAGCACUGAUGGAUGCUGGGCCGAGGAAAAAUUUGAUUGCGGCCCGGAUCGUAAGAGAAAUUGGGAAAUCUUUGAAGGAUAAUGCUGGUGGCAAAAGGGUCAUUGUUUUCUUGGCCCCUACGGUUCAUAUCGUGCACGAGCAAUAUGAGGAGAUAAAAUCGUGUACAGAGCUUCGUGUGGAUGAAUAUUACGGGGCUCGAGGGGUUGAUGAGUGGACCAGUGAAAACUGGGAGAGAGAAACCGAUGAGCAUGAUGUGCUAAUUAUGACUCCUCAAAUUUUCUUGAAUGCUUUGAGGAAGUCACUGCUCAGUUUCAAAACAUUUUGCUUCAUUAUCCUUGACGAGUGUCAUCGGGCUAUAGGCAAACAUCCUUACGCAAGAAUAAUGGAGGAAUUCUAUCAUAAAUGCAGUAAAAGACCUAAGGUUUUAGGGAUGACUGCCUUGUCGAUGAUCAGAAAAGGCUCCUCGCCCAUUAAAUAUUCCAAGGAGCAUAUACUAAAGCUUGAACGUCUAUUGGAUUGCCGGGUGUAUAUGCUAGAAGACGAGGUUGAAGUUGAGGAAUGUAAACCCACAGCCAAGCCACCCACAGCCAAGCCAAUAUGUAGAUUUUAUGAACCAAUGCAACCUGCCUAUUUGGAAUUGAAAGCAAAAUUACAACAUUCAUGGUCUAAGUUUGAUGCAGUUUUGCUUGGGUUGAAAAAGUCUCUGCCAGGUCAGAACACAGAAAGGAGCAGUGAAUAUAAACAGCUGCUGGAAAAAAUGUCCAAUGAUUACACUGGAGUUUUGUUCUGCCUUGAGAAUCUGGGCCUACUAUGUGCUUAUGAGGCUGUCAAAGUCUGCAUGGAAACUGCCCCACCGGUUCAAGAAGAAUGUGAGGUUUAUAAGGAAAGUCUUGUGGAAUAUGAAAAAUUUCUUCAGGAAGCUCUGUUAAUAAUCGAAGGAUCUCACGAGUAUAAGAAGCUUCCAAGUUUUAUGAAUGGUGACACACUAUCUACUGUAAUUAGCUUUGAUUUGCCAAAAACUGUUGGUAGUUAUGUUCAAUCGAGGGGAUUAGCUCGUGAGAAGGAUUCGCAGUAUAUCAUCAUGCUUGAGAGAGGAAACAAAAAGCAAAUAGAACAUGUCUCCCACGUUACCAAGAACGAAACUCCAAUGACAUGUACAUCCAUGGAUAAUAAAGACACUGAUGAUUAUCAAGCAAAAAGAGCUUGCACUACAAAUGAAGCUUUCCAAUAUGUCGUAAAGUCAACUGGGGCAUCAGUUACACCCGAUUCAAGCAUCAUCCUCAUACAACAAUAUUGCAAAAAUCUCUCUGCAGACGAUGCUCGCAUUCCGGAGCCAAAAUUCGAGUCCUUGAUGGAUGGGAACUUGUAUAGAUGUAAACUGAUUCUACCUCCUAAUGCGGCUUUUGAAACUGCAGUUGGUCCUUUGGCUCGUAAAUUCCAUUUGUCUAAACAGCUGGCUUGCUUGGAAGCGUGCAAGAAGUUGCACAUGAUGGGCGCCCUUGAUGAUCAUCUGGUUCCUUGCAAUGAUUUGUCUUCAUACAAGGAUUGUGCUUCAAAUGAAAAAUCAUCAAAUUCAGGGGCAGGAACAACAAAGAGGAAGGAAUUGCAUGGCUCUGUUACCGUCCGUAGUUUGACUGGAACUUGGGGAGGCAAACCUAAUUAUGCCCAUUUUCAUGCGUACAAAUUGGACUUUUGUUGUAGUAUUGCUGAGCAAAGAUAUUCAAGUUUUGUACUUUUACUGGAGAUGAAGCUAGAUGAUGAUGUAGGGAAUCUUGAAGUGGAUCUAUACUUGCUAUCAAAAUCUGUUAAAGCUAAUGUUUCUUCAGUUGGCCAAGUAUACCUGAAUCCUCAACAGAUGGAGAAAGCAAAAUGCUUUCAAGAACUGAUGUUUAACGGUUUGUUUGGGAAAUUGUUCAUCAAAUCAUCUGGAGAACGAAAAUUUUUACUUCAAACAAAGGAAUCGUUGUGGAACCCGUCAAACAUGUACGGCAUUGUCCUCAAAUACCCAGAGCAGCCGUUAGUUCUUCUGAAGCAAAGCCAUAACUCACAUAAUCUCCUUGUGGACUUUCAAAAUGAAGGUCCCCUGUCGAAAAACAAGACGAAAGUCGGAAAAAAAGUUACCGAGAGAAAGCCCCAACAACAUGCUCAUAUGCCACCGGAACUCUUAGUUGCUUUAGAUAUCCGAACGGUUAUUUUAAAGCCAUAUUACUUGCUACCUUCGCUUAUGCACCGGCUGGAGUCUCUAAUGCUCGCCAGCCAGCUUAGGGAGGAAAUAUCACGUCAAGGUGGCAAUCUCACUAUACCAAGCUCAUUGAUUUUGGAAGCUCUCACCACUCAAAGAUGUUGCGAGAGCUUCUCCAUGGAGCGAUUGGAAUUGCUUGGAGAUUCAAUUUUAAAGUAUGCCAUAAGCUGCCAUCUAUAUUUCAAGUACCCCGAGAAGAACGAAGGAGAACUGACUUCUUAUCGUUCUAGAAUCAUUUGCAACUCGGCUCUCCACAAAUUGGGAACAGAUCGUAAAUUGCAGGAAUAUGUACGGGAUGUCCCGUUCGAUUCCCGUCGGUGGACAGCGCCAGGUCAGCGCUCGAUAUGGCCAUCCCCAUGCACACACGGGGUGGAAACUGCUGAGGUCCCUCUAAACGACUGCAAAUUUUGGAGUGACGAUAUAAAACUUAUGCUCGGGAAGCCUUGCGGCAUGGGCCACCGUUGGAUCUCCUCGAAAACCGUGUCUGAUUGUCUGGAGGCUCUCAUAGGUGCAUAUUACGUGGCCGGUGGGUUUAGUGCCGCUUUUUGUUUCAUGAGGUGGGUCGGGAUUGAGCUCGAAACCGAGCACUCGUUGAUAAAGAAGGCUAUUUGUGCUAGCUCACUGUAUUCUCAUGGGCCUAGAGAUCAGGAGAUUGGAGCCCUUGAGUCGAAGAUUGGGUAUGAGUUUGAGACAAAAGGGUUGCUAAUCGAAGCUGUAACACACGAGAGUGAAUGCCAACAAGGUUUUUGCUACUCGUACGAGCGGCUCGAAUUUCUAGGCGAUGCUGUGUUGGACGUGCUUAUGACAUGUCAUCUUUACGAGAAUCAUAAAAACGUUGACCCCGGGAUGUUGACAGACUUGCGUUCUGCAUCUGUUAAUAAUGACAACUUUGCCCUUGCUGCUGUGCGUUACAACAUUCACACCCACCUUCAGCACAGCUCAUUGCAUAUCGAUGAUCAAGUAAUGUCAUUUUGUGAGUCUGUGUCCCGCAUGAGCACCGCGGUCCUAACUCCGGAUAAUAAAGCCCCUAAGGUACUUGGUGACUUGGUGGAAAGCAUAGCAGGUGCAGUGCUUAUCGACUCAAAACUUGAUCUUGAUAAAGUUUGGAGAGUCUUCAAACCACUUUUAUCACCGAUUGUGACUCCCGAUAAGCUCGAACUUCCUCCCACGCGCGAGCUCAUUGAAUUAUGCGACUCUCUCGGUUACUUCAUCAAGGAGCAUAUAGCGAAAGGAGAAAUUGUGCAUGCCGUUUUAAAAUUACAGCUUGAGGAAGUGCUCUUAGAGGGCCGAGGCUCGGGACCCAACAGCAAAGCCGCAAAGGGAAUGGCAGCUAUAUGCCUACUCAAGGAGUUAGAGUUGAGAGGAAUCAAAUCUUCCAAAUCGAGAAUACAAGAGUCGGAAAAUUUGGAUGACCCAUCAUCACGAAGCUCGGCUGAUAGGAACAUAUUGUGUGGAUCUGCCAUGAUAAAGCAAAAACAGCUUCAAUUGCAACCGAUGAUAAAAAUAACGAGUGAUUUAGAGAAUGCCGAUAUCCCAGUUUUGCCGCCUAUUGAGAUGAAGAAAGGAGGACCACGAACUGCGCUCUAUGCCCUCUGCAAGAAACAACAGUGGCCAAUGCCUACUUUCGAGACUACCGAGCAAAAGUCGAGGACUCCCGUGCAGCUUGGGGACACGAUGGGUUUCAAUAGCUUCGAGUCGAGAAUAAGCUUGACCAUACCCGAUUUUGGGAAAAUCGAGCUCACUGGAGAGGCAAGGGCCGAUAAGAAGAGUUCGUAUGAUACAGCUGCAGUUUUGACGCUCCAUGAACUCGAGAGAAGGGGGAAGAUAACGAUAGCCAAGUCGAAUUGA